AUGGCACCGACGCUCCUCUCACUCCCCGUCGAAAUCCUGACCAAAAUUUUGUCACUGCUACCAUGCCCAUCGUCCCUCCUCUCCACAACGCUCGUCUGCAAGCGAUUCCAUGAGCUGUACACCUCCUCGUCCUACCUGCAAUACCUCGUCCAGCUCUCGUUGAGCGGGAUGCAAGACAACCCUUACUGCUCGCACGACCAGGUAUCCCUAAAGGAGCGACUCGACAUUCUCAGAGAGCGUGAAGAGCGCUGGAGGACGCUCGAGCCCAGGUGGAGCAUGACGAUACCCAUCGAAGUACCGGGCUUGAAAGAGGGAGGGAAGCGUACGAGCGGGGUGUACGACGUCACGCCCAGCUGGUACUUCCUGGGUGUCGCACAAGGGAGAUGGGGUCUAUCGUCGAUGACCACAGUCGGAGUGCAGAGCUUGAAGAUGCCCACCAGUCCGGAGGAGACCGUACAACGGAAGGAGAUCCCGUUCACCUCUGAUAACCAGGGCGAGAUUGUGGAUUUCGGAACAUCGAUUGAGGAACACGAUCUAGUGGCUGUAGUCGCUAUGAAACCGCUGGAAGAUCCUCGAGCUCCGGGGUUGAACUUCCUCUCUGUUCACUUGCUUCAUCAUUCUACUGGUCAACCACACUCACGCGCCCGGAUGCCUGUUCUACCCAUCUGCACAGUCGGGCAAUCUGUGAACAUCUCCGUCGAGAUAUGUGGGGAGAACCUUUUGCUCUCCGUGUUGAGCGAAGCAGGAGAGGCAAGUGAAGAAACUGGCGUGUUAUUCAGAGCCUACGAUUGGAUCAGGGGCGUCGCUAAAGGGUGGCACAGACAAGCAUGGAACCUAGGUCUAAUCUUCCUACGCGAGGACAUCUUCCUCAUCCCCUCCGCGCGACACAACCGUCUCGAGAUCUAUUACCUCCCUCCUUCAUCCUACUCUUCCCUCCCUCCAGACUCGCACUCCAUCCGAGGGGUGCCUUUCAACCACUGGCUCUACUCCGUCCCAGCAGACAUAACCCUCUCACCUAUCCCGAUCCAUUAUCUCGCCCUGCCCGCGCUAGCAGCACACUGGCGUCAAACCACUUCCCAAUGUCGGUGCGAACCUUCGCCCAUCGGGCUGAAAUCCUCCGCGUCGAAGUACGUAGAGGGGAACCGACCGUUCACGAACGACCCGGAUCGCGCGAUCGCCGUUUUCAGCGUCGACUUUCACGGGCCUGAGGGACCCACUCCGUUGAUGAUGUUCGUCCACCGCAAGACGUUGCUGGAUCUCUUGCCUCUAGACUGGACAAAGUGGGUCGAGGAGAACAUGAAGAGGAAUGCACGGAGAGGUGUGGGUGAGGAUGCCUUGUUACAGAUGGUCACGCGGUGGCGGGAAGAGGGCGUUGAGUACCAAGGGAAUAGGCGGCCUGAACCUGCCCCUCCGCCAUCGUCUUCGAUGUCUUCCAUGGGCGCUGCGGACUCUACCACUCAUGAAGAGCCAAGCCAAACAUCACCGCCCGACUCAAACGCAACCUCACCCUCAUCCUCACGCUCCUCUCUCUCCUCCACAUCGUCCACAGAGCUCCCCCUCCCACGCCCAUUCACCUCCCCACCUCCAUCGGAGCUUCCCCUCCCCAUCCCGCUCUCCUGGUCAACGUCCCUGUCAUCCCUCUCACCACCAACAACACCCUACGCGACGUGGUCCCCGCACAACGUCCUCUGGCUCAACGCACGCGACUUUGCCUCAGUCUUUAUCACCUCCACCGCCGGUGCGCGGUUCGUCAGUUUUCCGAUCGAGAAUGUUCUGGCUGCUGGCGGAAAAGCGCAGGUUAGAGUUUUGGAUUUUGAUGAGUAUAGGGUUCGAAGGGAGGUGGAGAGGCGGAAGGCGAGGAAGAAGGAACGGGAUGCCGGAGGGUUGAAGGAGGUCGAUGGCAAGGAGGACUGGAUGCCAGAGCGGGCUGUUAUCGGGCGGGAGUGGAGGGAGGAAGGUUUAGUCCCACCUUCGCAGAGGAGGCGGACGAGGGAUAUAGGCGUAGGUACCAGCGCCAACGGAGAAGAACAAGACGGAAACGAAAACGCAAACGCAAACGGGCACGCUGACGACGAAAUAAGCGUUAUCGACAUCGACAUCGACGAUAGCGAAACGGACGACACGUUCAUACCAGGACACCGCUUCUUCCCCUGUUUCAGCGAGGACGUCCAUUCGAACCCGUUACCCCACGUCGAGUAUCUCAGCAAAGCCGAGUAUGAUUGGGAUGCCGUUCUGGUUGACGAGCAGCGGAUUAUUGGGAUGAGGCACGAUAGAGACCCGGGGAGUGUGAACGUUGAUUCGAUUGAAGUGUUAUAUUUUGGAUGA